GACAGCCAAGCUUAUCUUCUAGUAAUUUAAAGUCACAAUUCAUCGCUAUGGGAUUUUCACCAAAGAUCGUAGACAAGAUGCUUCAGAAAAAUGGUGAACAUGAUCCAAACAGUAUAUUGGAGGCUCUUCUGUCACAUUCUGAAAUGGUGAAACCGUUGUAUGGAGAAAUGGAUAGAAUUGUUUCUUUGCUAGAGAUGGGUUUUACUAAGGAGGAAGUGUCAUUUUCUGUUGACUGUUUUGGUCAGGAAGCAACAGUUGAGGAGCUGGCUGACUCAAUUUUUGCAAGACGUAUUGCCAAUACCAUUGAGCAGAGACAGGUCAAAAUUGAGUCUGAAUUGGUAAGCAAAACCAAAACUGAGUAUUCAGAUUCCAAUGGGAGAUUGAGGUUUUAUGACGAUGAUGACAACAACAAAAGGUUUAAAAGGGUGAAGCAUAUGUUCAGAGAUGAUGGAGGGGCUUCAAGUAGUCGUGCUGCCAACACUCCAUGGCUAAGCGGUGGUGUCAGGUCAUUGAGUAAUGGGUUUGUGAAGAAAAGAGAUAAUGAGAUGGGACCAGGCUCUGGUGCAAAUGUUCAUGUCGAUAUUGGCAAGCCCCCCUAUUUCCUCUAUGGAAACGUUGUCGACAUCAGCAAAGAUGCAUGGCACGAAUUGUCAGAUUUCUUGUUCUGUGUGCAGCCCGAGUUUGUAAAUACCCAGACAUUCUCAGCUUUGAGUCGGAAGGAAGGCUAUAUUCAUAACCUCCCAACAGAUGGAAGACAUGUUGUGGGCUCAAAUUCACCAAUGAUAAUUGAAGGCGCAGUGCCAUUCACAAUUGAAGACUCUAUGCAGCCACACCAACUGGAACUUGCACUGGGUUAUCCAUCUGGCCAUACGGAUAUGCUUGGUCUAAGCACACAAGAGAGGAUUGCUGCCAUGAGAUUUGGCUUUCAAACUGAUACCAUCUCUUUUCUCUUGUCGGCCCUAAAAGAAAUGUAUCCAGAUGGGCUGAGGGUAUUGUCUAUCUAUAGUGGAGUUGGAGGUGCAGAGGUUGCUCUGCACCGUCUUGGUAUUCCACUGAAGUGUGUAGUAUCGGUCGAAGAAUCUGAGGUUAACAGGCAGAUCCUGAAACGGUGGUGGGGAAAGACGAAGCAGGCUGGGAAGCUGAGACAAGUGUCUAGCAUCCAUAAGGUGAACACAAGUGUACUCCAGGAUCUAAUCGAUGAGUUCCGUGGCUUUGACUUAGUGGUUGGUGGAACCUACAGUAAUUGCGAAGGUGGCGAGUUGCCAGCAAACUCUACCUUAUGUGAGUUCUAUAACUAUGCUCGUGUUGUUACCAUCCUGAGAAAUCUGUACGGGCUGAGGUAGUUGUUCCCCGACAUCAUUCUGGAUUGAUGAUGGGCUGGCAAGAGCUGGUGAAUUAAAAAUAUUCUGGGUUCUCUGUUUUCAGUUUAGAAGUAGU